AUGGAGCGGCCCCAGUGCCUCCUGCUCCUGUUCUCCCUGCUGUCCUACCCCUCGGCCCAUGCUGGUGCUUUGCGGAGUCAGAUUGUGGGGGGGCAUGAAGCCAAGCCCCACUCCAGGCCCUACAUGGCAGCCCUGAAAGUUUCCAGUCGUUUCCACUGCGGGGGGUUUCUGGUGGCCCCAGACUGGGUGAUGACUGCCGCUCACUGCAUGGGGGACAUCAGCGUCAUCCUGGGAGCUCACAAUUACCGCAUCCCGGAGGCCUCCCAGCAGACGUUUGCAGUUGAAAGUUACCAUCCGCACCCAGAAUACGACAGCAGAUAUGUGCCAUACAACGACAUCCUUCUCCUAAAGCUGAGCCACAAAGCCAAACUGAAUAAAUACGUCCAGGUGAUCCCCCUGCCCAAGACCAACAGCGACAUCCCCACGGACACCAAGUGCAUCGUGUCGGGAUGGGGCUACAUUGACCAAGAGGUAGCAACUUACAAGCUCUUCGAGACCAACGCCACUGCCCUGAGCCGGAGGAAAUGUCUCCUGUUCUACCCAGAGCUCAGCGACGGCAUGGUCUGUGCGGCCAGCUACCACAAGCUCAGUGACGUCAACUACGGGGACUCUGGUGGCCCUUUGGUCUGCAACGGGGUGGCCCAGGGGGUCGUCUCCUACGGUUUCCAGUUCCCUCCCUCGGUGUACACUCGCAUCGCCCACUACCUGCCCUGGAUUCAAAAGACCAUGGGGCAGGCAGCAGGAGGCUCAGGUUGGUGCCGAGCCUGGAAGAGGAUCCGAGGAGCUGUGAACUUAGAGAUGGAGCGGCCCCAGUGUCUCUUGCUCCUGCUCUCCCUGCUGUCCUACCCCUCGGCCCAUGCUGGUGCUUUGCGGAGUCAGAUUGUGGGGGGGCAUGAAGCUAAGCCCCACUCGAGGCCCUACAUGGCAGCCCUGAAGAUGUCGGGUGGUUUCAGCUGCGGGGGGUUUCUGGUGGCCCCGGACUGGGUGAUGACUGCCGCUCACUGCAUGGGGGAUAUCACCGUGAUCCUGGGAGCUCACAACAUCCAUGAGCCAGAGGAGUCGCAGCAGGUGCUGGGGGUUGAGACGUACUACAAACACCCUGAAUACAACGGCAUCUUCUUAACUAACGACAUCCUGCUGCUAAAGCUGACAGCGAAGGCCAAGCUGACUAAAUACGUCCAGGUCAUCCCCCUGCCCAAGACCAGCAGCGACGUCCCCACCGACACCAAGUGCAGCACCGCGGGAUGGGGCCUCAUUGACAAAGAGAGGAUCACCGACAAGCUCUUUGAGACCAACAUCACCAUCUACAGCCGCAGGAAAUGCCUCAACCUCUACCCCAACCUCAACGACGGCAUGCUCUGCGCCGGCAGCUUCCACCAGCUCAAGGACUCCAGCCAGGGGGAUUCCGGGGGGCCUCUGAUCUGCAAUGGGGUGGUGCAGGGAAUUGUCUCCUUUGGCUACAGCGCCCCUCCUGCUGUCUACACCCGCAUUGCUAACUACCUUCCGUGGAUCAAAAAGAUCAUGGGCUAGAGGACCGGAGAGGGAGAUGCUCCAGCUUCUCCUCCAGCAUCUUCUGCCUUGGAGACCUGUGCUGCUUUCCCUUAUGCUGCAUCCUCCGGCUUUUUCUCCCUUCGGGGUGUAGUCUGAAACCAUAGGGGACAAGACUCUCUCUAGGUGCCUCUAUGGCCUUGUUACUGUAGACCUGAAGGCCUGCAGGCCCAGCAGUUCCCGUGUCACCUGGGUUCUGUUGGCUCAGGAGAGGAAUGUCAAGUUUUCAGCCCCCUGAGUUAAUAUUCUCUUGCCUGGUCCCCUGAAGAAGCAGCGGCUUUGCUGUUCUGAGGGGCUUCAGGAUUCCUUCUGCCCCUGUUGACUUGAAUAGGGCACAGCUGCCCAGUCUCUGGGAUGGUGCUAAGACCAUCAGAGCAGAGUCAGGGAUAAUUCUAGAGCAGGAGGCACUGAAGUGGGUUGAAAUCGGCCCAAGGAGGUGGUUUUGGAUCACCUGGAGGGGAAGGCUCUGCCCCAUGCUCGCUCCCUCCUGGGCAUUCCCUGGUUUGUUUCCCCGGCUCUGUCCCAGGCUGAGGUUGGGCUUCGCUUGGGUUUACAAGGGAGUUUCUCUCCCUGGCAAUUUCAGCUGGUGCCACAUUGUCCGAGCAGAAGCAGAGCAAAGAAUGCAGCUGCCAGUCCCUCUAAGGGGGGAGACUCCCCAACCCUAUGUUCUCACACCCCCUUCACCCCGGUCACUGCUCCAUUCCUUCUCUGUCGCUCGCUGCGAUGCCGGGCAUGUAACCAGCUUGAAAAAUAAACGCCAAUCUGCAUUUCA